UGGGCCUACCGGCAGCGGGAGUUUGAGAAAGCCCUGUGUGAAUACUCAAACUGCUUGCUACUCUUGCCUCCCAACAACAUUGCAAUGAGACGAGAUGUCCAGGAGGGCCAGGCUCGGUGUUUGUCUCGCUUAGGAAGGCACAAGGAGGCUCUGGAUAUCGCAGAAAAAAUGAGAAACAGCGCUACUAACACAGAUCACUUAACGACGGUUCUCAACCUGCAGUUUGCCAUUUACCAGGGGCUGGAAAAUGUAGAAAAAAGGAUCACAUGCCUGCAGCAACUCAUCUGCUUACACCCUCUCAACCCUUGGUACUGGAAGUUACUUGCUGAAGCGUAUAUGAGCCUUUUACAGACUUUGUCUCCAUUAGCCAUUCCAGAAACAAAUCUAAACCAGUCUGAAGAGGUUAGUGGAAGUGACAGUAGUUUCAAAACACCCGCUGGAAGAGAGGUCGAUUCGCAGCCUCACCGAUCAGAUGGCCAGAAAGAAGGCUCUUGGUCCAGCCUUGCUACAGAAGCAAAGAGGGAGAAUGCGGUGACUCGUAGCAGCAAACAAUUCCUUUGUGCCUCAGAAGAACCGGGAAGGACGGAUGAAGGGAAAUGCGCAGCCUCGGAGUCCUGGGAGCGGAACGUGUCGAAGAAAGUUGAGAUAAAGGCAUGUGCCUCAUUUGUUAGAGCAAGGCUUUUACUUCAGCUUACCCAGUUGCAACAGUCGUCCUUUGCACUAGAGAACAACAUAAAAGAUGGAAAAGAAAUUGAUGCCGAAGUGGCACGACUUGGUUUCCGUGAAAACUCCCUGCUGUUGAUGACCAAGGUGAUGGGGCAGGAUCUUGUGCCAGAAAAACUAAAAGAGGAAUUUCAGGGUGAGGUAAAAUGCAUCGGCCCUUCAGCGCUGUCAUCAUUGGUAACUGCAUCAGCCACAGAAUUUGAAACCAAGUGGUUUGGUACUCUCGAAGAUGAUUUAUGUCACUUUGAGAGACAAUUCUAUUCAGAUACAUAUCUCCCUCCUUCGGUCCUCCUCUGA